AGUCAAAAAAAUUCCAGCUUACGCAAACGAGCGCUGAAUGAAAACAGCUGAAUUUUUUACGAAUACGAAUUUCUAAAUGAAAGUGCCCUGUAAUUAGUAAUUACGUUCCGAAGAAAGCUUUGAUUCAUGUAAAGUAUUCGCUCAUUACGUACAUAAAAUCACCGGUGACGAAUAAGCCACGUAUUAUAUAAAUCUAACUCGUAUAUUCGGUACUUUUUUGGAUGUGUUUGCUGGUCGGUAAUCGGUGUUAGUAAAGUGUUCCCGAACUCUAUUUCAUCUCCACAAUGGGCUUAGACAUCGAACUCUUCCGUGCGGAUAAAGGAGGUAAUCCAGACCUAGUAAGAACUUCGCAGAAAAACAGGUAUAAAAAUGUCCAACUCGUCGACGAAGUUAUCGAAGCUGAUUCCGAGUGGCGAACGUUACGUCACAAAACCGAUAAUUUCAACAAGUUGAAAAACACUUGCAGUAAAGCGAUCGGCGAGCUUAUGAAAAAACAACGUGCAGCUUCUUCCGGCGAAGCAGGUACCGAAGAAGCUCUGAAUUUGGAUUUAGAGCACUUGAACGAGUAUUUCAAAACUUUGAGCUUUCUCGACGGAAGCGUACCUACCUCGGCUGAUGCUUACGUAUUCGCUAAAAUCAAAGGAGACGUUACUCCGGAAUCUCUCGACAAAUUCGAGAACCUUGCGAGGUGGUUUAAAACCAUGUCAUCUUACAAAGACGACGAUUUCAGAAAGUUCGGCGAAUCGGAGAAAUUCAAGAACCAAUUCUUACCUCCGAAUUUCUUCAGAGAUGAUAUCACUCUAGAUGAUUUGAAAGGAUUAUCGUUAGCUCAGCUGAAAGCGUUCAGAAUACUGAUCGACGAUGCGCUCGUAGCCAAUGAAAAGAAAAUGAUCGAAGUUGAACUCAAACGUACUCAAUCGUUGGAAAAAAUUGGUAAUUUAUUACACGAGUCUGUACCCAUCAACGAUAACGAAGAUUUCAACGCUGUCGUCGAAACGUUCGGUGAUUGCGAAAUUCGUCACAAGUAUUCUCACGUAGAUCUUAUCUCGAUGAUCGAUGGCGUCGAUGCUGAAAUGGGAGCUGUCGUAUCCGGUAGCAGAGGUUACUACCUGAAAGGACCUGCUGUCUGUCUACAAGUCGCCUUAGUUCAAGAAUGCAUUCAUCGAUGGCUAGAGCUCGGAUAUACGCCCCUUUAUACUCCGUUCUUUAUGAAUAAAGAAAUCAUGCAAGAGGUCGCUCAAUUAGCCCAGUUCGACGAAGAACUCUAUAAAGUGAUCGGUAAAGGUAGCGAAAAAUCGGACGACGCUAGCGUCGACGAAAAAUACCUGAUCGCUACUUCCGAGCAACCUAUCUGCGCUCUGCAUCGAGACCAAUGGAUUUCCGAAGGCGACCUGCCCAUUAAAUACGUAGGAAUAUCGACCUGUUUCCGCCAAGAAGUAGGAUCCCAUGGUCGAGACACCAGAGGAAUAUUCCGAGUACACCAGUUCGAAAAAGUAGAACAGUUCGUGAUCACUUCGCCAUUCGAUAACAAGUCGUGGGAAGCUUUCGACGAGAUGAUCAAUAACUCCAAAGGUUUCUACGAAGCUUUGGGAGUAUCCUACAGGAUAGUUAAUAUCGUAUCCGGUGCUUUGAACGACGCCGCUUCGAAAAAAUACGAUUUAGAAGCCUGGUUUCCGGGUUCCGGUGCUUUUCGAGAAUUGGUAUCGUGCAGUAAUUGUUUAGACUAUCAAUCUAGAAGAUUGCUUAUUCGUUAUGGUAAAACGAAAAAAAUGAACGCUCAAACCGACUACGUUCAUAUGCUGAACGCUACCGCUUGCGCUAUCACCAGAGUAAUUUGCGUUAUAUUAGAAACCUAUCAGACAGAAACCGGCGUCAAAGUACCGGAAAUUCUUAAAAAAUACAUGCCGGCCAAAUAUAAAGAAGAAAUACCGUUUGUUAAAGCGGCUCCUAUCGAUUUACAAGAAACUAAGAAACAGAAGAAGCAAAAAGAAGGCAUGCAAAAGAAGAAAUAAUCGACGUUGUUAGGAAACCUUUUUUUUUAAACGCCACUUUUUGUAAUUUAUUCUCUUUUCGAGCGUAUUUAUUAUUUUCAUAUCGUUAAUUUUUUUCUCUCUGCUCGUAUAAUUUACCUACGAGUGUGUGAAAUCAAUAAAGUGUUUAUUAAUUUCGA